AUGUGCGGCGCCGAAGCCCUUCCAUGGUUCUCGGCUCUGGGGCUGCUGCUGCUGCGCCUGGCCGUCGUUCCCGCCCCUGCUGAGCCGGUGGCGUCAGGUGAGUCCCGGCAGAAGGGAAGGCGCGUCGCGCUUUGCGCUUGCUCGCCUGUUUCUGCCUUUCUGUUCGCGCUCUUUCAAGGCUUCGUCUGCAAUCUCGGCGAAGCUUGCGAGGUCAGCUGGCAGAAUAAUAACCAUGGCGAGGAAAGUGUAGCUUUCUUCUUCAGAAUCCUGUCCUGUGGGCUCUUUGUGGUCCGAUGUUCUGGACUGAGCUAUGUGCUGUUGCCUGGGGGUAGUUUGAUUCUGGCCUUGGUUCUGGAAGCUGCUUAAAUGCCGCUGUUCCAGUUUGGAGCCGAUAAACAAGAGUGCUUCUGAGCUCAUAGAAUCAUAGAGUUGGAAGAGACCACAAGGGCCAUCGAGUCCAACCCCCUGCCAAGCAGGAAGCACAUGCGGAGUAUCUUCGUCACCGCACGGAUUACAAGUGCUGUGCAAGCCCUCAAAGCACAGGAGAGUCCUGACGGGACAGAGAGCUCUGAGAGGAAUGUCUUCUCUUCCGCUCCCUGCCCCCUUCUAUUCCUCAAGGUUUCCUACAUUCAUGGGAGCCAACUCUUAGAGGCCGAGAUCCCUUCUGCCCCACAGUAAAAUAUUUGAGGGAGCGCCCCCCCCAGUUGAUGGGCAUUGCCAUUCAAAUGGUAUGUGUGCACUGCAUCUUGUAGUUCAUUAUGUGGGGUGGGGCUUACCUGUCUCUCCCACCCCCCAAUAUUUUAUUCAAGUUGGCACCCUUGCCCAGAUUGCUUGAUAUACAAAAACAAGUAUUGCCUGUUCUUUUAAAGUUAACAGGUUAUUUUUAUGCAUGCCUACUUAGAAGUAAGUCACACUGAAUUAACUAGAUCUUAAGUGUCAGGGGUCCCUUUACCUUUACCCUUUUAAGUGUAAGUCUAUGGGUUUGCAACUGGAAUAGGUUUACGUCCCAAGUAUGCAUGCCAAAGGCACAAAUGCAGUAAAGUUUCUGUAGUUAUUUGGAGUUGUAAAAACUAUUGUUUUUAGUGUGUGUGUGUGUGUGUGUGUGUUUUGAAUCCUCUCUCCUUACUGAAUACUCUUUGGCACUCCCGCUGUCCUCUCUUGAAACCUGUCUUAAAAUCUGUAAGAAAUGCAUCUGGCACCUUAAUAAAAAAUGCUGGGAAAUAUGGUUCCUGCGUUACUACACAGCACAGUGUGUCUCAGUGAGAUGGAAAUGAUACAUCUUCUUUGCUGCUUUGGCUGCUAAGAGUCUAAAUAUUCAUAUUUUGCUAUUCAUAUUGCAGUACAGUGCAUGCCUAUUUUGUCGAAAGUCAGAUUUUGAGGAAGCAGGGUCCAUGGUCUGGUCAGGUUUCUGUUUUACACAGAAAAGUAGGAGAGUGAGAGUGAGAGCUUUUCCAUCCCUGAGCAAGAGAUAGCAUUACUUUUGCAGCAAGAAAUCAUAUGUAGAGGUGGUGAUGUCCUUUUAAGUUGAGUACAAAUAGUAGCAACUGGCGUGUUGAGGCAGCUCAUAUGAAUGAAUUUACUUUAUUACGGUCACAGACCAGCAUAAGCGGCAGCUCAUAUAAUCCACACUUUUUUUGUUCAGUAGAUGCAAAGGAUACUGAGGACACAAAUGCCAUCUAUACCAAAAGAGGGGAAAGUCUGAUCUCCACUAAAGGAGCAGGUUACCUGGCCUUUGUUAAAUGGACGCGGGUGGUGCUUUGGUCUAAACCACUGAGCUUCUUGGGCUUGCUGAUCAGAAGGUUGGUGGUUGAAUCUGUGCGACGGAGUGAGCUCCCAUUGCUCUGUCCCAGUUUGAAAGCAUGCCAGUGCAAGUAGAUAAAUAGGUACCACUGCGGCCGGAAGGUAAAUGGCGUUUCCAUGCAUUCUGGUUUCCAUCAUGGUGUCCCAUUGCGCCAGAAGUGGUUUAGUCAUGCUGGCCAUAUGACACAGAAAGCUGUCUGUGGAUAAACGCCGGCUCCCUUGGCCUGAAAGCGAGAUGAACGCUGCAACCCCAUAGUUGCCUUUGACUGGACUUAACUGUCUAGGGGUCCUUCACCUUUUACCUUACGUUUGCGAAGAGAGACCCUCAUUAGGUAUGAAGUGUGGGUGCUAUGCUUCUUUCCUGAGCAAAGUGAUAGCAAGAGUCAUAACAUCACAAUGCCAGUGACACAUAGAUUAGUUUACAUGCUACAACUACACCAAUCUAACAUGGUCAUAAAACUGAGGCAGUUUUGGUUGCAAUCAGAAUCCUGAAUUGCCAUCAGCCAGAAUCCUUGGCAGCUGCCUCUGCAGACAGGGAAAACCGGCCAGCGUUUAAAACUUGUUGGCCUGUCCAUCCAGAUGAUCAGCUUUUCAAAAUGCACAUUGACAAAUGGUGGCAUCCUUAUUGUCCACACAUGUUAACUUGUUUGUUUUUCCCAACAGCAUUGCGUUGUACUUUGCCCAGCCCUAGGAAUGUUCAUUUUGUCUCCAGAAACCUGAAGAAUGUCUUACACUGGUUGCCGCCAGAAGGGAUUCCUGAGGACAAAUUAAUUUAUAGUGUGAAGUAUUUAGUGUAUGUUUUGCUGUUGAUUUUUCUGUACUACCAAUACUAGUUUGUGGGUUUGUUUUUUUAAUGGUGCUUUAAAUGUGCAACAUGCUUCAUCAUGCUUUCUUUUGCAGCAGUAACCUCAAGGUUGAAGUUGAAGCUGGCGUAGCUUCAUUCAGUAGACCGGCUCCUUUAAAAUAUAAACAGAUCUUGGAUUCUGGCAAGACAGUGAUCAACAGGAGUCCCUAGCAUCUCUGUCUGUCUCCCCCACAUGCCCUCUCCUUGCUAGCACCUAAAAGGGAAAAAUCACGAGUGGUUCUUGCUAUUACAUGAAUUAUUGAACGUAAGCAUAGCAGUAAGAGGCAUUGGAUACAUUGCACAUUUUCAGUAUGAUAAUCCAAAAUUAAUCACUGGACAUUGUAGGGAAACACCCAAGCAACUUUGGUCCGAUAUGUAUGAGCAAUUGAAUCAUAGAUUCAUAGAGUUGGAAGGGACAACAAGGGUCAUCCAGUCCAACCCCCUGCAAUGCAGGAAUCUUUCACCCAACAUGGUGCUUGAACACACGACCCUGAGAUUAAGAGCCUCAUGCUCUACCGGCUGAGCUGCCUUACUUUGAUUGUUAAACAUUUUAACUUGCAUUGAUUAAAUUAUAUAUAUUUUGUUUCAAUUCUUGCAAGCCACUGCAACGGCACUGCUUGAAAGUGCCUUAUAAAUUGAAUGAAUAGUUCAUACUGUCAUAAUCACUUCAGCACAUAGUUAAACUACAGAAUUCACUCCCACAAGAAGUAGCGAUGGCGACGAACUCAGGUGGAUGUUUUUAAAGAUUAGACAAAUUGCUAUAGGAUAAGGCUACCAAUUGUUAGUAGCCAUGAUCAUAGAAUGAGCACUGACCUUUUCUCUUUCUAUUGAUUAUUUAAAAUUCAGAUAUGGCACAGCUAGAUGGAUUAACGAUGCAGAAUGCAGAAAUAUCAGUCAGACCUGGUGUGACCUCUCACAUGGAACAAGUGACCAUAAGGAGCUAUAUCAUGCCAGAGUAAAAGCCUUUCUGAAUGGAAGUUGUUCCAGCUGGACAGAAUCUCCUCGGUUUAAUCCAUUAACAGACAGUAAGGAGACGCCUAAGGAAUGCUGUGUGUUCAUAAUAGUAUUGAAAGUUUCCAGAGGGCAGAUUACCAGUCAGAACUCAUGUUGUGCAACAGACUCCACUAAAAUGCUUGCAAUAAAAUUUGAUGUGAUGGUUGCUUAAGCAGGCACUAGUUUAAACAUGGCUUGAAAACUGUGUUUAUUAUUCAUUCUAUAUAGCAAAGUGAUUAGGGCUUUGAUCACAGAGAUCCUGUGUCAACACUGGAUUUGAAUCACAGCUUUGUCAUUUGCAUGAACAGCCUUUUUGCCCAACUUCUUUGAGGUUCACACUAGACUUAGCAUUAAUUGCAUAAAAGCAGGGGCAAACUAGGCUUUAUUUAAUCCAGCUCAAAGACCCAAUUUGGCACCCUCCUCACAAGCAUUUGCGUACAUACACACACACAGAGAGAGAGAGAGAGAGAGAGAGAGAGAGAGAGGCUGGGAGCCUCAGUGGUGCCCCUCUGGAGUCUUCACCUGGGGCAAAAACCCGGCUAGUCCCCAUCCUGUCCCCAGCUUUGGCACUGCAUGAAAGCAACUAGCACAUACAUCUUUGUUAUGUGAGUGGUGUAAAGUCUGGCAGGUGGGAGUUUAACUCUUUCUCUUCCAUUACACUCCCAACAAAAAUCACUUCGCCAAAGCUGUUAUUUGCAUUUCAGGGGAGCUGUCUUGCUCAUGCUUUUUAGCUUACAUUGAAGUUGGACUGAUUGGCUGCUUUUAAUAUUCUUGGGUGGAAUGUGUUUCUAAACCAAGAUUUGUAUUGUGACUGUAUUUUGGAUUUUUCAUGUUUGUAAACUAGCUUAAGGCCUUUGCCUUUAAAGGCAGCCUAAAAGUAUUUUGUUUUUAUUUAUUUAUUUUAAAAAAGUUCAAGGGUGUUAAUAAGAGUUUGUAAUUCACCAUGGCUCACCCUGCUAUUAUGAAAAGUGUGAUAGCCUGUUGGGCUGUUGAUUCUGGGUGCCAUGAAAGGGCAAUAAAUUAAACAAUUUAUCGUAAGGUUGAAGGGGAGAGAGGUGCUUAUGGAGUUUUGUGCCUCGGUUGCUAAAAUAACUUCACCAGCUUUUGAGUGUUACAAAUCAAGGCUUGGGCAGGGAUGGUGGAGCAGGGAGGGGCCCCAUUCGCUGCUCUGCAACCACACAUCAAAACAAAAGACUGAUGAGGGAAUAUUAUCACAGUUGGCUAUAGUUGUUUUCUUGUCACUAUGCACACUCUAAUAUAUACUUGCUUUUCUUUUCCAGCUAAAAUUGAUCCACCCGCAUUUGCCUUGUCUUCUGCUGAAAAAUCUAUUUCAGUCAUUGUGGCUGCACCUAAGACAUGGAGCAGAAACUCCAGAAAUGAGCCUAAUUAUCUGCAUGAAAUAUAUCCCACCCUACAAUAUAACGUAUCUGUAUUCAACACUAAAAAAAAGACACAGGUAAAACUUGAUUAGAAAGGGGUAUUAAGCAAUUUAAAUUGGUUCUGGAUUAAUUGGAGAUGGUCAUGUUAUUAGGAUGUUGAGAAGGGGCAGUUGUCUGCUUUGCAGAUAACAUAUGUGGAUAGAUGAUGAAGACGAAGGAUAGUUCUUGGAAGCACAGCAUAAUGGGGAGUGUGAGCAAUGAGGGUGAAAAUAACAUGGUUCUUAGUCAUGUAAAUGACUUUCCCCUGAUAAUGAUGACAGAAAACCACUACACGUGCAAGACAGUUGUGGGAGGUUGCAAAUCUGGAGCAGAAGAUUAUAUGUGGGGAAGGGAUAUUUAACGCUUUUCAUGUGGGCCGGAGUCUUGCUCUCUGCCUUUAAAACCUUCCCCUCACCCAAACUGCUUUUUGUCCCAGCAAGAGGAAGAGCCAGAACUAGCUGUGGCAAAGAAAGAAAUGCCAACCUGGGAACCCAGGGCUUGGUGCCAUGUCCAAGCAGAUGCCUGCGAUCUCAUCUCAGUUACCUGAACUAUGUGAUGACUGUGGUGGCUGGGAAGAAAGUGAAGAAAGGAGAGAGAUCCUGUUCUUUGGCUGUCAUCUCUAUCCUGAUGGCACUGUGUUUUUUAGCUAGCUCACUUAAUCACAAAAUAUAGGCCUGCUUUCUCCUUAUAUGUAGGAUUAAGGCAGGGGUCAGCAACCUAAGGCCCAUGGGCCACAAACAGCCCAUGGACCCCCACCGCCUGCUUGGGGACCUCUGCCGCCCACUCAGUUGGCUCCCAUGCGCCGUGCUAAACCGGCACAGAGCAGAGCGGGGACUGCCUUCCAUGAUGCUGGCUGGCUUCCUAUUGGCUGCAGGGAGCUCCUGCAGCCAGUGGGAAGCUGCGCACACGUCCUCUGCACCAGAAGGCGCUCCGGAAAUAGCGUUUGCGCAUGUGUAUGUGCAUGUGCAGUCCAGCCCACCACGGCAUCUGCGGGACCGUGAACUGGCCCAAGCCACAAAACUUUGCUGACCCCUGGAUUAAGGUAUAACAAUCUGAACGGAGAUGCACGUUUUUCUCCACUUUCUGGUGGUUGGUUCAUAGAUGAAACCAUAGAUAGAAUGUUCCUGUGUUUCUGUGAUUCUCCAGUAUAUUGUUGUAUAGCUAAGUUCUGAAGUGUGACAAUGCCUUCUUUCCCCUAGUGGAUGUUCUGUAUUAAAAGCAACAGACUUGAUGUGUUCCAUUUAGAGUCGAAUACAGUGUACUGUGUCACAGUGCAGGUAUAUAUUAUGCCACUCCUGUUCAGUGGACUCUCCAAAGAUUGCAUUGCUACAUUGAGAGGUAAGCAAAGAACUAUAAAACACAUCUCCAAUACAGGAUGCAAAUUUGUUGCUUUAAUAUCAAAUAGUUCUAAAAAUAGAUAAAAGUGGUUGAGAAAUCCUUUUUUGUACAAGUCAUGACAAGAUCCUCUUGGCUUUACAAAGGUACGGUAUAUAACCUUGUUUCUUAGUGAAGCUUCUUUCUAAAUAACAGUCAGCUGAGGACAAACCAUAUCUCCAGGCAACCCUAAUUGCUGGAUCUGUGCCUUAACAAUAGGCUAAGAGCUAUUACGGUACCUUCUCCCUUGAAAUUCUAAUAGAUCAUUAAAGAGCCCAUGGAUCUAUAGAGACACCCAGCUACUCAAAUGAGGCAAAGGAUCAUCCAAACCUGUCCAAAUGGUGAACCACAGUGAACGAUCACCUAGAUUAGUGCAAAACAAGUACUGGAACUGCAGGAGUGGGCCCGAUGUGGGGGAGGGGGGAUCAUUGCUCAGAAGCAUAGAUCAUGCCCAGCAACUGCUGCCAUCCCCAUUGCAAGAAUUUUCAAAGGAACAAUACUGUAUCAUUCUCAUUGAGGAUUCUUUUACAAGAAAGCUAUAGGACUACCACAGGCCAUCAGACCACCUCAAGUAGUGGCAAUGUGUGUGGGAUUCCUUUUUAAGAAAAACCAUCCAUAGCCAUUUCUAUAAUGUAAGACACAAAAAAGUCAUGGAAUAUCCCUCUCCCCCACAUGCACAGCGGAUGAAUGAGCUUGCAAAAGUAUGAAGGGGAGGAUAUUUGACCAGUUUUUUUCCCAAAACCCCAGACAGCCACUACUAGUAAGCCUUGACAAUAUUGAGCUGGAUGAGCCACUUGUCUGAUUUGGUAUAAGGCAGCUUCCUUUGUUCAUAUAUGUUCCACGUUUAUAGAGUUUUCCUUGGUUUAUAAAAGUACUCUUUUCAAUGUCAGAAGUCCUGGAAGCACCUCUGCCAUCUUUCUCUUUCUUAUAUGAUGAUAAGGGGAAAACCUGCAGGCAGUAUCCUCAUCCAGCCCCAACCUACCCCCAAAAAACUGCUAAGGCAGAGAUCUUCCAGUGUUCUGUCCAAUUACUGCAAAGGCGCCAGGAGGUUACAUAAUGGCUUGCUUUCACUUGUGUCACCCUGACUAGCUUGUCCUUUAGGUUUUGCUUUUCCCACCCUGAUUUACAAUGACUCUCCAAUGUUCUGUCACCAUCACCGCAACAUUUCUGGCUAUUGGCCUGCUUAGGGGAAGCAUCUUUGAGCUGUGUUCAUUUCCCCAUCCAUUCCGUCUCAACCUGUAAAUUACCCGCAAUAGCCUAGUGCUCCAUCCUCCAAAAAAUUACUGGUCUCCACUUUCCACUCUUCAGUGAAGGAAAAUCAAAAGUUAUAUAUUGCCUGCUGCACCCGUUUCAGGUUAGAGUUGCAGAAAUAGGCCCUCUUUUUACUGCUUGCCGUUUUCAGCACUGCCGUAUUAAGUGGCUGCCUUUUGGUUCCAUUCGAUUCUGAAGAGCCUAAUUUUGAAUCUUUUAUUAGAAACCAGCAAGUCAGCCCUUUUUAGUCCCUGUUAGCAAUCUGUGUAUCCCUAAUAAUUGGGGGAAAUUAGGCAAAGAAGAAUCUGCUGGCAAGGACCUCAAUAACUUGCUAGGGAAGAACAGCCUAAAUAUAGAGUUUAAAAGAACCUAGCCCAGCUGCUCUACGAGUAAAAAGUUACAGAGUACAUGUAUUUUACCGCAUACAUACAACUUUUGAAAGGGAUAAUAAUUCCCAAAUGCUGUAUUAUAAGUGAACAAAUUGGGAGAAAGAAUGGUGUCAAAGUGCUUUUAUUGAAGCUACAGGCAACAUUUCUUCCUUUCUGGCUGGCUUUCAUAAUUUUCACUGUUGUUCAAAAAUUUUACAAUAAUUUAUAAUACUAAAAUUGUUGAAAUCUCAACCACUUGUAAAAUACUGUUGAGUUGUGGCAUGCAUUUUUUAAUGUUUUGUAUUAAUAAUUGAUAUCGUUUUUAUUAUUGUCUUCUUUUCUAAUGGAGCCUAUUUAGACUUCCAUAUCCAAUUACCAGUAAUAAAUGCUGAUGACUGCUGGAUAUUUGGAAAAAUGAACAGCAUCUAAUGCACAUAUUUCUCCACAGAUUCGGCUUUCAAGGAGGCUGCGACAAUCUUACUCGGAUAUAUUUUGCCUGUCCUUCUAACAGUCCUUAUUAUUUUGGUGUUAUGCUGUUGUGUAUAUAGGUACAUUCAUAUCACAAAGCAAAAGUACCCUACAAACUUGGUAAGGGUUCUUUAUUAUCCCUGUAGUAUGUAAUGUAUCACAUGGUUAAGGCCCAGUCCAUACGCUUAAAAACUCCCCGUGUGAAAAUAUUUAUUAACUAAUAUUAAUCAGCCAUAGGCCUGGUUGAAGAGGAACAUUUUCGCCUGGGGCUCGGUUACUUGGAUUGGGGUCACGAAACUGGGGCAAAGAGUUGGAACCCACCUCCCCCCAUCAUCUUGCCCCCAGUCCAUAUUGGGGGCGGGGGCUGCAACUGCUUUUUCCAAAAGCCCAAGACGUUCCCCAUGUUAUUGCUACAUCAUAUUUAGUCUGAAGCCAUAUUAAUUAGUCUGGGUUCUUUUCCAAGACAUAAAAGAAAAGGCAAAUGCUGGCUACCCCCGAUUGGUUGUGGCUCUCAGACAUAGGGCUGCUGAGAGCCUUUUUAAGUGGAGAUGUCAGAGCCUAAACUAGUAUUUUGUAUAAGCAAGGUAAGUGCUACGCUACUGAGCUGUGGCCCUUCCCCCAUGACACUCUUGAUCUCAGGGUCGUGGGUUUGAGCCCCACAUUGGGCAAAAGAUUCCUGCACCGUAGGGGGUAGGACUAGAUGACCCUUGGUGUACCUUCCAACUCUACAAUUCUAUUAUAUUAUUAUUCACCCACCCACCCAAUAUGUGUGUGUGCUGCAUUUUCUUAUUUCACCUAAUAGGCUAAUGUUUAGUAGUCUUCCACAAACUUGCUGAUAAGCAUCAAACAGAAAAUUAUUCUGAAGAAUCUUUGCCUUAAGCAAGGACUAAAGUAUUCUCAGGCAAAAAGUACUGAGAAGCCAGCAGCAAGGCUAUAUUUGCACAUAAAGAUGCAUUAAAAAAGAAAUCAAUGACCACAAAUUAUGAAUGGAUGAAUUAAUUGCUGAGAAAAAUAAGAAAUGUAGAAAUGUAGAAGCACUGAACUGGAGCUACAUUGUCCCCAGCUAUUCAAGCCCUUGGAAUUUGCAACACAUUUAUCCAGCAAACUACCUGGCUUUAGUGUCUGCUAUUUAAAAUGCACUACAAUCUUCUUAAACAUUUUUCCAACUUGCAGCCAAGCAUAGGAACCAGUCCAUUCAAUUAAAAAUCUACAAAUGUAAUUCCUUGCUUUUUGUCUACAAAAGAGGAUAAAAGUAAUGGGCCCUGACAAUUGUUUUCCUUUUAAUUGUUUUCAUUGUUGAACAUAAUUGGAAGACUACUGCCACUAUUUAUACAUUAUAUUAGAAGGAUGGUCCUGUGUGGAAGGGCUGCAACUUGGUGGCGGAGUAUGUGCAAAGGAUCCCAAAUUUGAUCCCUGUUAUCUCCAGGUAGCGAUGGGAAAGGCUACCAUCUGAAAACCUGGAGAGCAACUACUUGUCAGUAUAAACAAUACUGAGCUGAUAGCACCAGUGGUCUGUCUCAGCAAAAGGCAGCUUCCUAACAUUCCUAGCUAUUGUUUGUGCAGCAAAAUAAUAAUAAUAUAGAUCAGUUCUUUUUUGGGGGGGGGACACAGGGGUACGCAUACCCCUAAACAUUUUGUGAAUCUAAGUUUGGCCUCAUUGAGGGGCAGUAUUUCAAUAUGAGUAGGAAAAUGAGAGUACCCCUAAGCAUUUUUUUAGAAAGAAAGCACUGAUAUAGUCUUGACUUGUUCCAGAAACUGGUCGAAAGGAAAGGAAAGGAAAGGAAAGGAAAGGAAAGGAAAGGAAAGGAAAGGAAAGGAAAGGAAAGGAAAGGCAGUGUAUGCAAUACUCCCCAAUCUGCAUAAUAGUUGCGGUGUGAAAGCACAUAAAUUUUAUACAUAGACCUAAUCCAGCUAACAUUAUUCAGGACUAAAUUCAAGUAAAAGAAGUGAGACUUUGAGAGCAAUCCAAUGCACACACCCUUAUGCCAUGCUGAAGGGAGGACAUCAUAUUAGCUGGAAGCGCACUUCCAUGCACCUCUCCUGGCAGAGCCAUGCACCACUGCUCUCCCCUUGCCACCCACCAAACAGUUGCCAGCAUCAGGCCCAGAAAUAGAGUGUUCCAAGUGCGGAGAGGCAGUGGGGCUGAACUAGGCCAGAAUUCAUUGAUUCUGAGCUUGUCUGGAUGGGAAGCAUUGAGACGAGUUCAACUUGGAAUGCUAAUGUAUAGACAAAUGUAGAAGACUGCCCAUGGAAUAAUCAGAUCUCUACAACCCACAUGCACAUUAACACAGUGGUGUGUGUACAACCUUAGUAAGUAAUUAACUUUAGCUGGGUUGGGGCUUUAACUUAAAAGUAGAGACUGCAAUUAAUGGAUCUCUGUUUUCUUUUUAAAAUUAUAGCUUGCUUUUUUUCCCCUCCCCAGGUUUUGAAGUAUAGUGACAAAUGUGAGAGAGGCAAUUUGUUUCCUUCUGAAAAAACUGUGAUUAACUUCAUUACUAUUAAUAUCGCUGAAGAGCAGAAGACCUCUCUGGAGGACACUCGUUUACUAGGCAGUGCCCACAGCAGAGAUGGAUGUUGUGAUGGAAACAGUGUUGAGGGAAAAGCUUCAGAAGUGCAACUAGCACAACAGGAUUCUCAAGACGCUUGCCUAAAUGAGGAGGUUAUGUUUGAAAAUGAGCAAGAUGAGAACAAGCUACCCAUGAUGAAGCUUGUAUCUCAAAGGGCUUCAGGUGAGAAGCACGAGGAUGAAGUUGUGGUCUAUGAAUUUGACUUGAGGGCUGAAGAUACAACUCUGGUUCAAGAGAAGCUGAGCUUAAAAGCUGGUAUUUGCGCACUAGAGGGGCUGCUUCACAAACUGCAAAAAGUACCUCCAGAUUUAAUAACUGAUGGAACAGAACAGGCCUACUGUCCCCAGUUUGGUGUGGGAGCUCCAGGUAUCUGUUCAGGAGAGCAACCAAGAGAGACCCUUUUGAAUAAGAUGGGCUCUGGACAUAAUGGCCUCCAAGUUCCUUCACAAAAUUUGGUUCCCAAUAAACCAGGCCAAACUUUUUGUCCUCAAUGCAAUGUGGUGGCAGAUCCUUGUUUGGCACAUAAUCAAAAAGAGACCUUCUUCGAUGAGAAAAGAGCUGCACUUGAAAAACCACAAACUUUUGCAAACGUAGUGACGAGAAGUGCAACAUCAAAGCAUCAAACAUGGGCCACCCAGGACCAGGAGGCAGCAAAGAAAGCAAAAGUGGAAGAUGAGCAGAACAUAAUAAUAGAUUGGGACCCCCAGACUGGGAUACUUAAUAUACCCUUGUCUAAUUUAAUAAGUGAUGAAAUACUUGAGAAUGAAAAGUAUGAAGAUUCUCUGGAAGAGGGACUUCUGUCCAGAGUUUAUGAGAGACAGUGCUCUGCUGAGCUGUUAGAGAGAGAUGAAGAAAGGUAUCUCCUGCACCUUAAAGAACAAUGGGGACUGCAUAUACAAAUGCAAACCUAA